GAAUGGGAGAGAAUAUGUCAGUUCUUCUUUGUGUAUAAAUACAUUUAGUAUUAAAAAAUGAUUUGUGAACAAACAUGUGUAAAUAAUAUCCCCAGUGUCGCUCCUACAUAGUUUAAGCGCGACUAAGAACAAAACCAUGUUGUAUACAAAUAAAGACAGGUUGAGCUCCGUGAGAGCUCGUACGAUCGCUAAGUGCUACAAAAGAAUAAACGAUUAAUUACUAUUAUAAAUGUAAUAAAUGAUUAAGUAUAAAUGAAAAAAUGAUGUACGAAAAAGCAUGAUGCGGGCCAAGAAACGGUAUUUGCUUCUUAUAGUAUCGUGCGCCUUUUUAGCGUAUUGUUACUUUGGCGGCUAUCGAUUGAAAAGUAUAUCAAAAACACUUCCUUAUGAGACUCUGCCCUCAUUUGUGAGCGUGAGCGAACUAUGGGAACCUUUAGAACCAGGUCCGGGUCCUCAAGCAGGGUCGAGGCCUUGUCGAAUGGAGACCUGCUUUGAUUUUAGUCGUUGCAGAGGAGAAUUUAGAGUUUAUGUUUAUCCUCAACAAGAUAUCAAUGAAGCAAGCACCCCUAUCAGUUCGUCCUAUAUGAAAGUAUUAUCAGUGAUAAGGGAAUCUCGUUAUUACACACCAGAUCCUUCAAGAGCUUGCUUAUUUAUUUUAGCAUUAGAUACUUUAGAUCGUGAUAAAUUAUCCAGUGAUUUUGUUCGGGGUAUGCCCGGAAGAUUGGCACGUCUACCUUAUUGGAACAAUGGUCGAAAUCAUUUAAUAUUUAAUCUUUAUUCUGGAUCCUGGCCAGAUUAUGCAGAAAGAGAUCUUGGUUUUGAUCCUGGUUAUGCAUUACUGGCUCAGGCUAGCAUGUCUGUAGCUCAUUUUAGGCAUGGUUUUGAUGUAUCUUUACCAUUGUUUCAUAGAGGACACCCAGAACGUGGAGGUGCUCCUGGAAAUGCUCAAUCUAAUAAUUUUCCUGCAAAUAAAAAAUACUUAUUAGCAUUCAAAGGUAAACGUUAUGUUCACGGAAUAGGUAGUGAAACAAGAAAUUCUUUGUGGCAUUUGCACAAUGAAAAUGACAUGGUAUUAGUUACGACUUGCAGACAUGGAAAAAGCUGGAAAGACCUCAAGGAUGAGCGAUGUGAUGAGGACAAUGCUGAAUAUGACAGAUACGACUAUGAUGUUCUUUUGGCCAAUUCAACUUUUUGUCUGGUACCACGAGGAAGACGUCUGGGUUCAUAUAGAUUUUUAGAGGCAUUACAAGCUGGCUGUGUUCCUGUAUUAUUGUCAAAUGCAUGGGCUUUGCCGUUUCAACAGGUGAUUGACUGGUCCCAGGCUGUGUUGUGGGCGGAUGAACGGCUUUUACUGCAAGUUCCUGACUUGGUGCGCUCAGUAAGCGCCGAUCGAGUACUCGCUCUUCGUCAACAAACACAAGUACUGUGGGAACGAUAUUUUUCUUCUAUUGAAAAAAUUGUUUUCACUACUUUAGAAAUAAUCCGCGAGCGUUUACCAGGAGAGCCUGUUCGAUCGGGUCUGGUAUGGAAUACGAAUCCUGGCGCACUUUUGACUUUAACCAGAUUCUCAGAUUCGUGGGCACGAUAUCCAUUUUACCUGGACGCUUUAGGAGCUUCACCAAGCGCGGGAUUCACAGCAGUCAUUUAUUGUCAGCUUGGUGCUGUUACUGGUGGUGCACCAGCUUCCGUUCUUCAGCGGCUUAUUCGAAAUGUUGCUCGAAGCAAAAGUGUGCAGAGGAUUAUUAUAGUCUGGGCAAAUGAAAAAAGUCCACCUGCUAGAAAUCGAUGGCCUCCAACGCCGACAUCUGUACCACUAAAUAUUUUACAAGCUCCUGUUACCCUUAUUUAUUCAGAUGAUAUCAGCGGUGGUAGUGGAGGUAUAUCGAGGCGUUUCUUACCACAUCCUUUGAUAACGACUGACGCAAUUUUAUCAUUAGAUGAAGAUGCCCUUUUAACAACUGAUGAAGUAGAUUUUGCAUUUUCUGUUUGGAGAAAUUUUCCAGAUAGGAUAGUUGGAUAUCCUGCCCGUGCUCAUUAUUGGGAUGAUGCCAAGAGUACAUGGGGUUAUACAUCCAAAUGGACCAACGAGUAUUCAAUAGUAUUAACUGGGGCUGCUUUUUAUCAUAGAUAUUACAAUGAAUUAUAUACGCGUUGGUUAAGUCCUCUUCUUCACAAAACUGUAGAGCAAAGCGAUAAUUGUGAGGACAUACUGAUGAAUUUUUUGGUAGCUCAUGUCACCAGAAGACCACCUAUCAAAGUGACGCAGCGUAAACAGUACAAGGAGGCUCCAGCUGGAGGCGCAAGGUCCCCAUGGAACGAUCCCGAUCAUUUCAUUCAGCGUCAGAGCUGUUUGAACACGUUCGCUGCGGUGUUUGGUUACAUGCCAUUACUUCGUUCUAGUCUUCGUCUGGAUCCUGUGCUUUUUAAGGACCCUGUUUCAAAUCUACGCAAAAAAUACCGGCAGAUCGAAUUAGUCGGCAGUUAG